UAGAAGAUUGCACGCGUUAUCCACUUAUCCCCCACUUCUCCAACUCCUUCCUGCACAGCAAAUGCCCUAGCCUCCACCAAAGAAAGCAAACCCUAGCAGCCUCCACCAAUCGUCGUCGCCGUCUGUCGGAGUGGGAGAUUGCUGCCGCCGUCCGUCGCACUCAAGAACUACCGUCUUCGUGCUCUCGGGCCUCUUGCCGGAUCCUCCGCGUCGUGUGCUCGCAUCUCGCCUCUCUCCUCUGUGCUCGGCUGCUCACGCCUCCCUCCGCCAGUGAGUGCUCGAGCUGUGCGCGUUGGUUGCUGCUCGUCGUCCGUGGUUGUCUCUGCUCGAAUCUGCCUCCCAGUGUCACUCGAGUCUCGUCUCAGUCACUGGCAUCUCGUGGUUCGCCUGUCUCGUCGCCGGCGGCAGAAGCAACUCGUGGGGUUGUCUCUUGCUUCGUCGCCUUCCGUGGGGUGGUCGCUGGCUCGCCGUCGACCGUUGGUUCAGUGUUGGCUUCAACUUUCAAAUGGGAAUUAGGAGCUGGUGAAGAUAACAUCUUCUGGAAUUGAGUCUGUUGUUUCACUGCCUGAUGAGAAAGUAAGAUAUGAUCUAGAAUUGCGAUAGUACACAGUGAUGUUUUUUCCAUUUGGCUGGACUCAGUGAGACAACUGGGAAAUAUUCUUGUUUGGUCUGAUUAACUAACUUCAAUAUUUAACCUUGUUAAUCAUAUCUUGUACAAUUCAGAUAAAAGCAGGGCCUAUUUUGGUUGCCAUAAAUUCCUUCAAGAAAGUUCCUCUGUAUGAUAAUGAUUAUAUUAAAGCCUACAAGUAUAAAAGAAUUAAAAGAGCCUGUUUUGUUUUCCUUUUUGACUCAAUUACGUUAAGUUGGAUCGGGUCAGUCGGUUCAACCUGUAAUCCACUGGUUGAAUUAGUGACCUGAUAGUCUCGAUCACCGGUUUGGUUUUGACAACUAUGCCUUAUGCUACUCUUUGGCCCCUCCAGUCUUCGCUAUCAAAAACGACACUGAAUUUGGAACGAAGCUGCAUCAUCAGUCACUGUAAGCUCUUCCCUCCCAUUCCUCUGUUUCUAAGUACUUUGCAUAAAACCUACACAUACCCACAAUCCAAAUUUGUAUUGCUAUAAUCUAUUUCAUCAAUGCCUUCGAUUUCAAGAAGCAAAACGAUGGUGGGUAUGUUUCAUAGGUACCUAAACUAUCUGAAAAGUCCUUCCUUUUCGACAUUAACCCUUCAAGCUCCACCUCAAACUGAAGCCACGCUUCAAUUGCCAGUUUUUUCUUCUUUUCAGCACUCCCCUUGCCAUAUUUCAAGAUCACAUGCUUCUUGUGUUUACUUAAUUCAGUCUUCAUCACUGCAUAUUCACUCUUUUGGUAAACAUGUUGUUCCAAUGCGGAAUUAUUGUUCAGAAACUGUCUCAGUGAUCCAAAAUUCUAGCUUUAGUGUGAAUGUUGAAGAAGUUAAUGGUUUAGAGAGCUAUGUUGAUAAAGUUUACAACUCUCUGAUGGAUAGUUCACUAGGUUUUAACAAUUUGGAAAAUGCCCUUGAUCAAUUGGGUGUUCCAUUGUCUACCCCAUUGGUCACCGGGGUGUUGUAUAGGCUUCGUUAUGAUGAAAAGAUUGCAUUUCGGUUCUUCACUUGGGCUGGCUGUCAACAGAAUUAUUCACAUGAGCCUUGUGCUUAUAAUGAUAUGAUGGACAUCUUAUCUUGUACUAAGUACAAGACUAAGCAGUUCCGGAUAGUUUGCGACAUGCUGGAGUAUAUGAAGAGGCAUAACAAGAACACGGUGCCAGUUGAAGUCCUCUUGACGAUUUUGAGGAGGUAUACAGAGAAGUAUCUGACUCGUGUGCAGAAGCUUGCGAAGAAGAAGAGGAUAAGAGUGAAGACGCAGCCAGAAAUAAAUGCAUUUAACUUGCUCUUGGAUGCCCUGUGCAAGUGUUGCUUAGUUGAGGAUGCUGAAGGUCUGUAUAAGAAAGUUAGGAAAAGGAUCAAGCCGAAUGCAGAUACACACAAUAUAUUGGUUUUCGGCUGGUGUAGGGUUAGAAACCCGACUAGGGCAAUGAAAUUCCUGGAAGAGAUGAUUGAAUUGGGUCAUAAGCCUGACAAUUUCACUUACAACGCCGCCCUUGAUACCUUUUUCAAGGCAGGCAUGAUAACCGAGGCACUAAAUCUUUUCGAAUUCAUGAGAACGAAAGGUUCAACCAUAUCUUCUCCCACUGCAAAGACUUGUGCAAUUGUAAUUGUGGCGCUUGUGCAAAAUGAUAGAAUGGAGGAGUGUUUUGAACUUACGGGGCAUAUGAUUAGCAAUGGUUGCCUUCCUGAUGUUUCAACAUACAAGGAUAUAAUUGAAGGGAUGUGUUUGAAUGGAAAGAUAGAUGAAGCUUACAAGUUCUUGGAUGAGAUGGGAAAUAAAGGUUACCCUCCAGAUAUUGUUACUUAUAAUUGUUUCCUCAAGGUCCUUUGUGACAAUAAGAAGUCUGAGGAAGCCCUUAAACUAUAUGGAAGAAUGAUUGAAUUCGGUUGCCUUCCUAGUGUUCAGACUUAUAAUAUGCUGAUUUCAAUGUUUUUUGAUAUGGAUGAUCCUGAUGGAGCAUUUGAGACUUGGCACGGAAUGGAGGAGUGAGUUUGCAGACCGGACACACACACUUACUGUGUGAUGGUUGAGGGGCUAUUUCGCUGCAAUAGAAUUGACGACGCUUUUAUUCUUUUGGAAGAAGUGAUAAACAAGGGAAUAAAGUUGCCAUAUAGGAAGUUCGAUUCCUUUUUGAUGCAACUCUCGACAAUUGGUGAUCUCCAUGCCAUUCACAGGCUUUCAGAUCACAUGAGGAAGUUCUAUAAUCAUGCUAUGGCAAGACGUUAUGCACUAAGCCAGAAGCGUAAGAGCAUGAGUUUGAGAGGAAAGUAAUAAGUUCUUGAUUGGUUUUGUGCUACUAAUUGUCAAGUUAGGACAGCUCUUUUCAUGAUAGGUUCAAUGAAUAUUACCUGCAACCAUGGCAGGUUUUUCAUGAUUUCAUACGCCUUAAAGUUCAUCACUGCACCAUUUAUUGGACUAUUUCAUGACAACAACUAGUUGCGGUUUUUGUAGUUCAAAUUCUGGUUCAAAGCUACACUGCAAGUCUUACCUCUCUUAACAGUUGAACGACUACGCCCAGCAUUUACAUAUGUUCAUCAACUCUUAAAGAAUUGGUUGAAUGUUGGUUAUUUGGAAGGUUCUUUUGUUCAUGAAAUCUUGAAGGAUUUGGGGUUCCAUGAAAACCAGCUUAAGAUAUAUAAAUCUGCAGAAGAAUGCAAUGAUCUCUUCACAAAAGGAAGUGCUAAUGAUGGUAUCGAUGCGGCUUUUGACGAAGUCCCUUUCGUGAUGCACCUUCUUGGAACUUAUUGCUCCAAGUAUGUCAUGGUUGAGCCAAGAUUUAAAACUGGUGGUUUUGGCUUUGUAAGUUCCAUCUAUCCAUUGCACCACUUUUUAUAUAUAUAAAAUGAUAGUUAAAGAUUUUCAGACGA